CAGCCAACUUCCGAGGCGGCCUCAUUGCCCAGCGGCCCCCAGCCUCUGACAGGUCCGGUCCGCCCUCGUCGCCGCGUCCUCGGCCAGCACCCCGCCCCUCGCCCCGGGACCCCCCAGCUCCACUUGCUUGCUCUCGCGGUUCGCGCACACACACCAUGGACAAGCUCUGGUGGCGCGCAGCCUGGGGACUCUGCCUCGUGCAGCUGAGCCUGGCGCAGUUGCAGAUCGAUCUGAAUAUAACCUGCCGCUACGCAGGUGUAUUCCAUGUGGAGAAAAACGGUCGCUACAGCAUCUCUCGGACGGAGGCACCUGACCUCUGCAAGGCUUUCAACAGUACCCUGCCCACCAUGGCCCAGAUGCAACAGGCUCUAGCCAAGGGAUUUGAGACCUGCAGGUACGGGUUCAUACAAGGCCAUGUGGUGAUUCCCCGGAUCCAUCCCAAUGCCAUCUGUGCAGCAAACAACACAGGAGUGUACAUCCUCACCUCCAACACCUCUCACUAUGACACGUAUUGCUUCAACGCUUCAGCUCCACUCGACGAAGAUUGUACAUCAGUCACAGACCUGCCCAAUUCCUUUGAUGGCAUAGUUACCAUAACCAUUGUCAACCGCGAUGGGACCCGCUACAGCAAGAAAGGCGAAUACAGGACGCACGAGGAAGACAUCAACCCCAGCCAACCUAUGGACGAGGACAUGAGCAGCGGCUCCUCCAGCGAAAGGAGCACUUCGGGGGGUUACACCAUCUUCCACACCCACCUGCCCACUUCACAACCGUCCACAGACCAAGAGGACGCCGGGGUCUCCGAGAACAACCCCACCACCACUUUGAUGAGCACUAGUGCUACGGCUCCUGAAACAGCAACCAAGAAGCAAGAGGCCCAGGACUGGCUUUCAUGGUUGUUUCAACCAUCAGAGUCCAGGAAUCAUCUUCUUUCAACAACAAUGUCUGGUACGGAUCCAAAUGCCAUUUCAACAGGCUGGGAGCCAAAUGAAGAGAACGAAGAUGAAAGAGACAAACACGUCAGUUUUUCUGGAUCAGGCAUUGAUGAUGAUGAAGACUUUGUCUCCAGCACCAUUUCAACCACUCCACGGGUUUCUGACCACACAGAACAGAACCAGGACUGGAACCAAUGGAGGCCAAGCCAUUCAAAUCCAGAAGCACCACUUGAGACAACCACAAGAAUAACUGAUGUAGACAAAAAUGGCUCCAAUGCUCAUGGAGAAAACCGGACCCAGGAACCACAGCCUCCUCUCACUCACCAUGAGCAUCAGGAUGAAGAGGAGGCCCCACAUUCAACAAGCACAACCUGGGAAACUUCUAGUAGUACAACAGAAGAAACAGCCACGCAGAGAGAACAGUGGUUUGGGAAUGGAUGGCAUGGGGGAUAUCACCAAACACCAAGAGAAGAAUCUCAUUCAACAGCAGGGACAACUGAAGCUUCAGCCCACGACGGCCAUCCAGAUCAAAGAAUGACAACACAGAGUCAAGAGGACGAUUUCUGGACUGAUCACUUUGACCCAAUCUCACAUCCAAUGGGACGAGGUCAUCAGACAGAAAGAACCAUGGAUGUGGACUCCAGUCAUAGUACAACGCUUCAGCCUCCUGUCGAUCCAAACACAGAUUCGGUGGAAGACGUCAACGGGACAGGACCUAUUUCAGUGACAACUCAGCACAGUCAUUCCCAGAGCUUCUCUACGUCACAUGGAGAACUGGAAGAAGAUAAAGAGCAAACAACCAUUUCUACUAUCACAUCUAGCAAUAGGAAUGAUGGCAGAGGUGGAAGAAGAGGUGGAAAUCCUCCUGAAGACUCCACUACCUCAUUGGAAGGUAAAACCUCCCACUACCCAGACACAAGGGAAAACAGGACCCUCAUCCCAGUGACCCCUGCUCAGCCUGGGGUCUUUGGAGUUACUGAAGUUCCUGUUGGAGAUUUCACCUCUAAUGUUGAUGGCUCUUUACCAGGAGACCAAGACGCAGGUGGGAGGUCCCAUACCACACAUGGAUCUGGAUCGGCUGGACAUUCAAGUGGGAGUCAAGAAGGUGGGGCAACCACGACUUCUGGGCCUAUAAGGAAACCCCACAUUCCAGAGUGGCUCAUCAUCUUGGCCUCCCUCUUGGCCCUGGCUUUGAUUCUUGCAGUCUGCAUUGCUGUCAACAGUCGGAGAAGGUGUGGGCAGAAGAAAAAGCUGGUGAUCAACAAUGGCAAUGGGACCGUGGAUGACAGAAAGCCAAGUGGACUCAAUGGUGAAGCCAGCAAGUCUCAGGAAAUGGUGCAUUUGGUGAACAAGGAGUCAUCGGAGACCCCAGACCAAUUUAUGACAGCCGACGAGACACGGAACCUGCAGAAUGUGGACAUGAAGAUCGGGGUGUAACAUCUACACCAUUAACUUGAAAAGAAACCACAGUUUGAAAUAUAACCAUUACAGGGAGCUGGGACACUUCACAGAUGCAAUGUGCUACUGAUUGUUUUAUUGGGGACUUUUUUUUAGCAUAAAAUUUUCUACUCUUUUUUGUUUUUUUGUGGUUUUUUUGUUUUGUUUUGUUUUUAAAAGUCAGGUCCAAUUUAUAAAAACAGCAUUGCUUUCUGACAUUAGGACUCAGUUAAUAAUCCACAAGAAUCUGACAGUUCCAGUUCCCCACUAGAGGCCUUCACCCCUUCAGGGUGUGCUAAAGAUGGCUUCUAACAAAGACCACAAAUACAUGUGUCUGAUUCCCAACCUUCUCCAUACCCUACCUCCCAGCUAACAGUCACCAGCUAAGGACAUUCCCGGAGGCUAAAAGAGAUUGGUCCCUGGGAGAAAAUCUGAAUGGGCCCAUAUUGUCCCUCCAGCAGCCCAUCCCUGGGCAUUGCUCUCCAGUGAGGGUAGGGGUUUGGGGUGUACUGGUUAUACAUCCCUUUUAACAAACAGACCCCCCUGGAAAUUUUUCAGAUGCUUCUGGGAGACACCCAAAGGGUGAAGCUAUUUAUCUGUAGUAAGCUAUUUAUCUGUGUUUUUGAAAUAUUAAACCCUGGUGGUCCUUUGAUCAGUAUGAUUUUUUUUUAGGUUACUUUGUCAGAGGCAUAAAAGGGUUUCAGCUGAUACAUAAUAAAUAUCUGUACUUCUUCCAUUUUAACCCUUUGUGCUGUGAUCCUUCUGUCUCUAAAACCAGCAACGCCUGGGUCUCUAGAGCUCAUUGGGAUAAUCUGAGAAUGGUCCUCCUUAAACUCAUCUCAGAGUCCCUGGACUCCCACUCAGGAUCCCUCAGCCAAACCUCACAGAUCAAGGAAGGCAGCACUGUUUGAUUUCUGAGGCUGUUCAAAAGCUUUCUCUUGGAUUCUGGAGUCAGAAUUGUGAGCAGAAGAGCUUCAGCCGCUUUGGGGUUUUAAUGGCCACCUUUCUGUCCCCUUGAAGGGUUUUGAGAAAUCAUAUUCCAUUUUUAUCACCUGCCAUUUGUGGGGUCCCAUUUCAUAGAUGCUGACCCUAGUGGUGAUUUCCAAAAAAACAUAUCAUUAUGCCUUUUGACCUCUCAUGAUUAUAAAUGAAAAAGUAUGGUCAGUGGCCAACUGAUUGGCAUAGGUUGGUGGGUGGGGGGGGUAUGUGGUAUAGAUCUUAUUCCACUGUUUUAUGGCAUAUUUGUUUGUCUGCCCCCCCCCCAUGCAGUUUCUGACUGGGAUGAGUUAAGUUCCUGGGGAAUCCCUCAAAAGGUUACAGGGUUUCUCACCACUGGAAUCUUAUCACCAGAAAAGCAGGUUUAUGGCUAAACAAGAGAAUAAUGGCUUUAUCCUCUGUCCUGUGUUUUUCCAACUUGGCAAGUCCUUUGGGGCACCUCUUCAUCAUUCAGGAUGUGCCAUUGGUCCUGGAACUUCCAGGGGCUACUCAUGACCGAUAAGGUUGACGCUCUCAAGUAAGGGUUCUCCCUUUUUAGGCUUCCAGAAAAGUCGUUCAUUGCCUGAACUGCUGUGCUUCACAGGCAAUGUUUUUCAAGUCAAAAAUAGGAGAAGAAGGGGGGAAAAAAUCCCUACUUAAAAAUGAGGACUGGUUUGUACAAAGAGUUGACAGGAAGGGUAUAUUUAAGGGAGAGAUGCAAACUUUCCACUCCUUCCCAACCGCUGCUCUUCCUACCCGCUCUGACCUUCUCCCUCCGCUCUGGCCACAAUCUUAAAAAGGAAAACUCCUUUCUCUCCUUCUAUGAAUGUUUUUGGCUACUUGCAUGUUCAGAUACCUGGUUUUCUUUUUUAUUUUCCUUUUCAAGUUGAAAGAAAAUGGACAUCAGUUUUCUCUGGGUUGUCACUCCCACCAGUAUUUAAAAAUUCCCCUUUUUUCUAAGGGAUUUCUUGGCUCUGCCACACACCCAGACAGGCUCCCUCAGGCUCUUUAACCUGAAUGCCACAAGCCACUCUGGGAUCGGCUUUAAGAGGGCCCUGCCAGGCUCCACCUGUCCCCCAGAUUCUUUUGGGGGCACAUUGGAGAGUCAAGUCUCACAGCUAGAGAUGAUUUCCCGCCCGUUCUAGACAUUUUCCAACAAACAGGCGGGGUAGGAAAUGAUUUGACAUAAUGGCCAUGACUCUGAAAGCAUAAUUUGACCACAUGUCAUUCCCACCAAUGACAUGCCAGGUGGCCUGGACUAAGUCAUUAAACUGGGCCCUUGUUACAAAAGUAAGGGGCCACCAUUUAACUAUAUCACAAAGCAACCCGAGAGCUUAAGGCAUAAUUUUCCCCGCAAUUGUCAAUCUUUUAUGUCUCCUGAGGGCCUUCCUUAAAUUAGCUCUGGGUGAAAAAAUCAAAUGAGGCAAAAGAUACCUCCAACUCCCCAUUUUGCAGGUUCUAGCCUGUCAACAUGUAUUCUUCCAGCAGAACCUCUCAAAAGGUUUUGCACUGAAGCCCAUAACAUCAAGAAUCAGUUUUGUGUCAACAUUCACUCAAUGAUGUCACAGCAGAGCAGUAGAAGAGAGGAAAUAUCCAACUUCUCUGGAAGAAUGAAAUGUCCUUAAGAACAAGAAGAACAGGUUCAUUGGCUUUUGUCCUAGGUGUGUCUUGUUGUAAGUCCUCGGUGUGGAGUUAGCAAAGACUGGCCCAUUGUUCAUGUUUGUACAAUGAUCAUUGCUAUUGCUACUUGGAUUUUUCAGAGCAUACCCUUCCUCUGGUUUUUGUAUAUUUAUUGAUGGACCAAUAAUAAUGAGGAAAGCAUGACAUGUAUUCUGCCCGGUUGAAAGCACUUAUUGGAAAAUAUUAAAAGGCUAACAUUAAAAGGCAAAAGGAAAUGGA